GAAUGGAACGACAUGAAUUUACGUUGGAACACAUCAGACUAUGGCGGCAUCAAAGAUUUACGCAUACCGCCACAUCGGAUAUGGAAGCCGGAUGUGCUGAUGUACAACAGUGCCGAUGAGGGUUUCGAUGGUACAUAUCAAACGAAUGUUGUGGUACGGAAUAACGGUUCAUGUCUCUAUGUGCCACCGGGCAUAUUUAAGUCGACAUGCAAAAUCGACAUAACAUGGUUUCCGUUCGACGAUCAGCGAUGCGAAAUGAAAUUUGGCAGUUGGACAUAUGAUGGAUUUCAGCUGGAUUUACAAUUACAAGAUGAAACUGGCGGUGAUAUCAGCAGUUACGUGCUCAACGGCGAGUGGGAACUACUGGUGGAGCGUAUGAUUGUUAUAUUGGGUAAUAUUUGUACAAUUUCCGAACGUAUACGCCACAUACUCAAUGUUGCCAACAACAAAGCUCAUUUAAAACUAUUGUAA